UGGUCAGAGGACACAACAGAGACAACAGUUUCAAAGUCAUGGCCCGAACGAAGCAGACUGCGCGCAAGUCGACGGGUGGCAAGGCGCCGCGCAAGCAGCUGGCCACCAAGGUGGCUCGCAAGAGCGCACCCGCCACUGGCGGCGUGAAGAAGCCCCACCGCUACCGACCUGGCACAGUGGCGCUUCGCGAGAUCCGCCGCUACCAGAAGUCCACUGAGCUGCUAAUCCGCAAGCUGCCCUUCCAGCGGCUGGUGCGCGAGAUCGCUCAGGACUUUAAGACUGACCUGCGCUUCCAGAGCUCGGCCGUGAUGGCGCUGCAGGAGGCGUGCGAGUCUUACCUGGUUGGGCUGUUCGAGGACACCAACCUGUGUGCCAUCCACGCCAAACGGGUCACCAUCAUGCCCAAGGACAUCCAGCUGGCACGCCGCAUCCGCGGGGAGCGGGCCUAGGAGGGCCAUCUCGCCACCUGAGAGGUUGCGCAACGUUCACCCCAAAAGGCUCUUUUAAGAGCCACCCACCUGGUCGGAAGAGUUGCUGUAGCAAGCCAGGCUCUUGGGUUUUG